CCAACAACUAUUUUUUUCAAAUUUCAAACGGAUCUGCCACCUCUCCCUAUAUAUUUGCUUCACCCUUGGCCUUUCUCUCACACACUUUUCAUCACAAAUUCCAUUGCUACUUAAUUCUUCAUAUUUUUUUCCCUAUUCUCUCAAAUGGCCAGAGGAAAGAAGACAAAGGCUUCAAAGAAGAAGGUCACCGCCGAGGCCACGAGCUCUGCGCCUCAACCCUUCCCGUACCUUGACGGAUCCUUCCUCGAAUUUGGCUCGGAGGAGGAACUUACUCGCUUCAUCACCCACUUUGCCAAACGGCCCAUCUCACCGCCAAGGGUGCUGCCCGAGCUGUUUCCCCAGCAAAAAGGAUACCACGACCUCGACAAUCAACUCAAAGAGUCGGGUCUGUGGCCGUUCGUCUCCAAAAGCCAUCAGUCCUUCAAUCCCGCCUACGUCGCAGGGCUGCCCACCCACGGUGACGACAUCGCAACAUAUGGCGGCGAUGAUUGGAUCCUCAACAACGAGGCGGUGGUCAUCCGAGAGCUUGGAAUCACCAACCUCAUCCGUCACAGCGGCGCACCAACCAUCCACUCAGCCCCACCGGAGAAGCGUCUUCUACUCUACAUCCUCACCCGGAUUCUUCGCCCCCGGGACGGUAGCCACACGUGUCUCUUCAACGAGGAUCUCAAGGCCGUUCAUGCUAUCACCCAUGGCGCCUCGAUCAAUAGGGCGAAAUACGUCAUGAUUCACAUGGCGGACUGCGCCUCCAUCACCAUCGAGCGGAGCUUGCCAUACGAAUUCCUCGUCAUGGAUCUCAUUGGUGCAUCCGACAUUCACAUCGUCGGCCCGGACACGAAGAUGACGAAGAUUUGGAUCAUCCAAGACAGCACCUUCCGGAAAAAGUCCAGUGACAGAACCGGCGCAGCGUUCUUCCGUGGCAUCAACUAUGUCCCGCCGCCCUUUGACACCACCUUCCUUGGGCAGAACUAUGAAGGCGAGGACGAGGAGGACAACUCCUAUGCUCCGUCCUCCUCCCCCGACGAAGCUGACUUUGAGGACGCGGUCGACGGGGAUGCUAUGGACGUCGAGGACGACGAAGAAGAUGAUGACGCCGAGAACGAGGACGCCGAUGCUUAGACUCUACCUUCUCUCCUUUCCCUACUUUAAUUGCAUUUCUUUUAUCUAUUUCAAUUCUGUUGUAUUCAGAUCUUUCUCCUAUUUUUUUAAUGAAUAAAAGUUUACUUUUCAACUCUAAAGUUCACUUUUAUUUUUUUUUGUUAAUGUCAAAAGGGGGAAGUUAUCAAGGUUAUGCAUAAAUUGAGGGGGAAUUU